AUGAGAUAAAAGGUCUCCAGCUUAUAAAAGUCAAAUAUCAAUAUCUAGUAUAAAGAAGUUGACACCAUACAUAUGGCAUGGACCAAUAACAUAUUUAUUGAUAUAUACAUAAACAGUAUUUCUCAAUAAUGUAUUGUUUAUCUCUGGUUGUCAUAGUUGCCCAGAGGUAAUGACUGGAAUCAAUGCGUGAACUUCUCAUUAUAUUAGCGUCCAAAUGUACAUCAUAUCCAAGGGACUUUGGCAUCGUUUACAAUUCUCAGGAUUUUAUAAAUUUUUGGCUGAAGCGGUAGUGGAAUAUUUGUAGGAUUCAUCCCAAACUUUACCAAAAUGUAUGGCCAGAUCCAUGUAAUUGUGAGGUCUCUUAUCCUGGAGAAAUUUGGAGAAGAAACAUGGAGAAAAAUAUUAGAUCAGUCAGGUUUUGACGACCCUGAUUUCAUGGUGUUCCAUUACUACACUGAUGAAAGAACACUGAUUCUUAUAGGGACUGUCUCAGAGAUUCUGGACCUCCCUGUUCCAGCUGUCUUAGAAGUAUUUGGGGGUUACUUCUACACAUACUGUAAAGAGAAUGGCUAUGAUAAGAUGUUGGCCACCCUCGGUGGGAAUAUUGUUAGUUUCAUUCAGAAUCUUGACUCCCUACAUGCUCUUUUGGCCAUGACUUAUAAAGAGAUCGAAGCGCCAUCUUUCAGGUGUAUACCCAAGUCCGAUGGUACAGUAGAGCUCCAUUACUACACAAACAGGAAAGGUUUACAUCCCAUUGUGAUAGGUACACUGAAAGAGCUUGGCAAGGAUUUGUUCAACCUUGACCUAUCUAUUGAAGUAGCAAAGCACGAAGAAAUCAUUGUGGAUGAGAACACCGUACAACAGCACGUGACUUUUAUACUCAUGGGGGCCAACGACACCAAAACUAUAGCAAAUGUAGAAAACAUCAAAUUCAAACCAUAUUUCCCUAAAGACUUUGUCACACCUGCCAAAAGUCUAUGUUCUGCAUUACCCUAUCAUAUUGUCUUUGAUAAAAAUCUUGUCAUCAAACAAACUGGAUUAUUCUUACAAAAUCUGUGUCCGGAGCUGACAAAAGCUGGCACAAAGUUAACUGACGUGUUUGAAUUACUACACCCUGUGAUGAGUCUCACCCAUAGCAACUUGAUGUACUUCAUUAAUGCCUCCUAUGUCAUUGGAGUUAAGAAUGAGUUCGUCAUUGAUGAAAAAAGAUCUGAUAUAGCAAGACAUACUCUUGAAGGUCAGAUGGUUUGGCUGGAAGAGAUUGACCAUCUCAUAUUUCUCUGUUCUCCGCGUCUUGACUCCCUUGAAGAGAUGAUGUCAAUGAAUGUCUUCUUGGCCGACAUUCCAAUGUUUGACGUCACCAGGAAACUUGUGUUGCUCAGUCAACAGCGUAAUGCUGAACUUGAAAUCAGUAAAAAGCUUGAUGAGACAACUGCUGCAUUGAAAACCACCAUGAAAGAGCUGGAUGAAGCAAAGGCCAAAGUGGACAGUUUGCUGAAUGAGAUGUUGCCACCUAAAGUCUCAAAACAAUUGCAGGAAGGAAAGAAAGUGGAUGCAGAAAAGUUUGAAGGUGUAACUAUAUUCUUCAGUGAUGUUGUCAAGUUCACCAAUAUAUGUGCUGCAUGCACUCCUAUAGAUGUGGUCAAUAUGCUGAAUGGUCUCUAUGGUUACUUUGAUAACCUCACCAUAAAGCACGGGGUUUACAAGGUGGAGACUAUUGGUGAUGCUUACAUGGUGGUAUGUGGUCUCCCUGAAGUGGAUGCAGACCAUUGUCAGAAAGUAGCGUGCUUCUCUCUUGAUAUGGUCGUCACGGCUGGCUUAGUCAAGUCCCCUGCUACUGGAAUCCCUCUUAUGAUCAGGGCUGGUUUACAUAGUGGGCCAGUAGUGUCUGGGGUGGUUGGUGAGAAAAUGCCAAGAUAUUGUCUUUUUGGGGACACAGUGAAUACAGCAUCUCGUAUGGAGAGCAAUGGACAGCCUGGUAGAGUACACUGCAGUGGAGAUACAGCCAAAAUUCUCUCGACUUUGACAGGAUUUAAGACAAAGACUCGUGGAGUGGUAGAUAUAAAAGGCAAGGGAAAGAUGGAGACACAUUUCCUCUACAAAGACCCUACCAAACAGAUUGAACAUGACGAUGAAAACGAGCCACUCAUAAUCCUAAAUGGUGCACAUCUGGAGCAUCCUGAAUACAUCGGGCCUGAUGGACCACCUAAAGGUGCAGUUGACCCAAAGACUGCAAUUUAUGUCCCGAAAGUAUCUUCAACGACACCUCCUACAAAUGGUGAAUUGAAGACUGAUAAACCAGCUCCUGAGAGAAAGCCAAGUGGAGUUUGCAAUGUUUCAUAGUGGUCCCUGCUUAAACUGAUUAAUAUACAGACUGGACCAAUAAUACGCCCAUAAUUUUCUUUUGCUAGUAUUACAUUUUUGAUAAUUCAUUGAUUUAAAGUCUUUUCACUCUUGAUGCAGCAAUCACUUUAGCAAUUUUCCUAAAAUGGCAUGCAUAAAUCUUAAUGGAGGUAAUUUUUCUCACCCUGUAGAAUUGAACUGUACAAAUGAUAGAUAUACAUUGUAUUUGUAUAGAUACGCUAAUGUACAAAUGACAGAUAUACAAAUGUACAGAUAAACUGAUGUACAGGUAGAUAUAUAUUCUGAUGUACAUGUGUAGAGAUGUACAGAUAUUUUAUUAUAGAUAUUGUUAUUAUAUAUUUAUAUUAUUUGUUUUAUAUAUUGUUACAUAUUUGUAUAUAGUAAAUACAACUACAUGUAUAUGAGUAUUGACU